AUGCAGAGUCUGAAGGGCAGACCAGCGCCCCGCCGCAGCGGCGAAAACCUGCUCCUUACUCGGAGCAGCGCCGAGCGCGUACAGCUCGCCAACGGUCCGCGGAAGGGUCUGAUGACGGCCAGCAGGGUGCUGCUCUAUCCCCCAGCGAGUCUCCUACCUCCAGUGGGCCUGAGGAGCUGCAGGCGGUACUGCCGAGAUAUGCUGCACCCACAACACCCACUGAGGGAGAGACCACAACCACCCCUUCUGCCCCGGGAAGCAGCGGGCCUCCAGACGAAGCAGCACGCCGAAGGCCACCGUUUCCGCAGCAGCAGCAGCAGGAACAAGAACGACAACAGCAAGAACAACAACAACAACAACAACGACGACGAGAACAACAGCAACAACAAGAACGAGAACAACAACAACAACAGGAACAACGGCAACAAGGACAACAACAACAACAAGGACAACAACAGCAGCAACAGCAGGAGCAGCAGCCGCAACAACAGCAACAGCAACAGCAACAACAACAGCAACAGCAACAAGAACAGCAGCAGCAGCAGCCGCAACGCCGAACACCCUUCCGCCCCCGUCCCAUAUCUGCUGCCCUUACUAAUGGAGGAGUACGCCGUUUUCUCAGUUAAGUUAGAGGCAGAGGAGCCUGCUGCACCUAGUGCUGCUGCUCGCGGUCCUACUGCUCGUCGUCCUUCUUCUCGGCCUUCCGCACACAGCAGAGCCCACCAGCAGGAGGGAACCCCCAGGAGGCCUCCAGAUACGGGCGAUCAGCAACGGGUGUAUAACCUCUUUCACGGGGGUGUAGGCGUGCCGCCGCCAGCUUCGAGUGCCGCCCAGGAGACUCCGCAGGCUCCAGGGUCCCCGCAAGACCCUGAUGAAAGGAAAGAUGCUGACGAGGAUACGGAGAAAGCCAGCUAA